AAGGUAUAAGCUCUGAACUUAUUUAGUGCAGACGGUUCAGCUGCAAAGUGCAGAUCUGUAAUAUCGGCGAGGCAGGGCAGGUAGGGGUAGGUCGAUCACGUUGCACGCCAGGUUGCACUUGCCGAGCCACUUGCAGGCGGAGCCACGUCGAGAGUAACACGUAAACAGUUCUCGUCGGCGACACUUUCUGGAAUUGCCGAUUCGCACUUCUAAAUUCAAUUAUUCAAUCACUUGGCGAGUAUACUUUGAGUCGCACGUAAACGAGCCACGUGCGAUUAUGUCAGUGUUUGAGGAUCACCGUUGCAAGUAAAAUGUCUCAGACGAAGGCGAUUCCACAUAACCUCAUUCAGUGGGACCACGGUGACAGUUCCCUGGCUCCGUUGACAGAUUGUCAGAAGGACUGCUUGACGAGUCUGGAGACCGUCGUCGCCUCCUUCUUCCCGUUAUCGAAUCUGCAGUCCGGCGUGAUCGAUGGCGACGAGAAGUCGCACGAGGAGAAUUGUCGGGAGAGCGUGUCUCCGAUUGACAGGUACCAGGAGUUACUUCAGCACUUCUUGCUUCUGGAGAGGAAAUACGUAUCCAUGUACGACAUGAAGUACAGUCUGUACCUCGAGGAACUGAAGUCGCGGAGAUCCGAGUGCCAGGACGUUUGCUCCCAGAUAGAGGAGACGCUGGACGAUUUCUCGGCGCUUUACAAGCAGUACACCGAGGUGUCCGGCAAGACCACUUCCCUGUACGAGGCCAGCGAACAGCUGAUCUUCGAUCAGAAGCAGUUAAAUGCGACGAUCGACGGCAUCACCGAGUACGUUAAGUAUUUCAAGGAGAUCGACGUGAUUAUAGAAAAGCUGGAUGCGUCCACCUUGUCGGUGAACAGCGACAUGUUCUUCGCUAUAUUGGAUAAGAUCGACGCAAACAUAGAUUUUAUGCAGAACAACUCGUCGUACAGCGAAAGUGGGACUUAUCUGGUGAGAUACAAGCAUUGCCAGUCGAAGGCGAUUGCGCUGAUACAGAAUUACAUUUCCAACUUGUUUUCUAAGACCACCGAAAGUAUUCUAAACUUGAGGGACAACGAAAACUCGCCGGAGAGCGGGGACGCGGCGCUCGCUUUAUUCUACGGCAGAUUUCAGACGAUCUUGUCCAAAACGAGACCGGUUAUCAGGCAGAUUGAGAGCAAAUCGUACAAAAGGCAGGAGUACGACAGCCUGUUGUCCGAGUGCCAUCAGUAUUACUGGAGUCAGCGAGGCUUGGUGCUAGGUACUAGUAUACAGAAGUCCCUGAGUUCGAUAAGAGAAAAGUAUAACGGCGACCACUGUAGUUUAGUACGACAUUCCUGCGCGUUGCUCUUGCACGCGUCGAUAGACGAGCAUAAACUCUUCUACGAAUUCUUCUCGAAACAAUCAAGUGGAUUGACCGCGUACCUGGAGAGCCUGUGCACUUCUCUGUACGACGCACUGAGACCUUUCAUAAUACACAUCAAUCAUCUCGAGACACUGGCAGAGAUCUGCUGCAUUCUACGAAUAGAGAUGCUGGACGAGCACGUGCAGAACAACUUCGAACCACUGGAAGGCUUCGGGAACAUUUGCUUACAGCUGUUGCACGAUGUCCAAGAGAGAUUGGUGUUCCGCGCGCAUCUAUACCUGCAGUCCGACGUGCUCAACUACAAUCCUUCGGCAGGCGACCUGGCGUAUCCGGAAAAGCUGAAGAUGAUGGAGGACAUAGCGGAGUCAAUCAGGGAAGCAACUCGCCAGACUCGCAUGAAGAAGAUCUCGGUGUCGUCCACCGACAGUUCCGCUCUAGAACCGGUUUCUCGAAAUCACAUAGUUAUCGAUUCCAUUUAUCAGAAGACACACAUGGGAAGUUCCCCGGCGGAUCUGCAUGCCAUGUGGUAUCCGACGGUGCGCAGGACUCUGGUGUGUCUGUCGAGGCUCUACCGUUGCGUCGACAGAUCUGUGUUCCAGUCAUUGAGCCAGGAGGCCAUUUCCCACUGCGUCCAGAGCAUCGAGAAUGCCAGGCAUGAAAUCGAGAAGAAAGCGAGCACAUUGGACGCAGAGUUAUUUCAGAUAAAGCACCUGCUCAUUCUUCGAGAACAAAUUGCCCCGUUCCAAGUGGACUUUACAAUCAAGGAAUACAGCCUGGACUUCUCUAAAGUGAAGACCGCUGCAUUCGGACUGCUCGAAAAGAGUUCCAGGUUCUUCACCUUGUCGAACAACGCGUUAUUGCAGUUUCUCUUGGAAGGUGCGCCGCAGAUGAAGGAGCAACUUAUCGAUUCGAGGAAGCAUGUGGACGCAAAGUUGAGACUUACGUGCCAGCGAUUAAUACAACAUGCAACUUAUCUAUUGAUUUAUCCUAUUAUCAAAUUACUAGAGAAAGAAAAGUUGAUUGAUGCAAGCAACUCGAGUCAGGAAAAUGCAUUAGGCAGUGCGCAAGAAAUAGCAACCACAGUGGCUGAUGUAUUGCGGAUAAUCAAAUUCAAAUGUCCCGAGGUACAGCAAUCGAUGCAAUUGUAUUUAGCUAACAAAGAAACUGAAUUUAUUCUGUUUAAACCAGUAAAGAAUAAUAUUUGCGCUGCAUUCACGCAGUUGCAUCAAUUAUUGAAUAAGUACUAUAACGCGGAGAACCUUCUGUUGAUCGCGUGUCCUUUGCCAGAACAGAUUUCUGUUAUGUUAAGUUCAACAACGUUAAUUCAAGGAAAAUCAAAUCGAGAAUCGCAAUCGGUUUUGAAACAAUCCCAAUCACUUGCCAAACAAGAAGAUUAACUUAAUUUUUUGUUUAUUCCAUUGUAUUUUUGCAUUAAUUGUCGAACAGGAUAUUGAUAUAAAUUUUAGUUAAAAUUGUGCAAAAGUAGAAAUCUUUUCCUAUGUUAGAUUGCAUAAUUAUAAUUAUUAUAACAUUUUUUAAAUAAACUGGAGCUAAAAUAAUAUUUAUUUAGGGUUAA